UUCUCACACAUAUUUCAUCAGUGUAUUCUCUCUCUGCUUUUCUCUAUUGCUCGCCGUUGAUUUUUCUCCCCCUCCACUUGUCUUCUGUCUCCUCCUCUCUCCGUCACUCGUCUUACUGCCCAAGUCUCCCUGGAGGGUCUCUUUCUUUCCUCCUUUUCUCUUCCCGGCUGAGAAACUCACCUUGACGAUCCAUUUGCAGAACAAAUCAUCUAUGUGAUUGUCAAGCAUGUCCUGGAAAUAAAUUCAGAAAUUAGGACAGAGAGGCUGUGGGGAUUUCAUCAGUCAUUCAACCAGAAACGAUAUGAUCUGUAUAAAGGAAAGACAAUGAUGGGGCUUUUUCAAUAUGCAUUGUAAAAUAAGUAUCUUGCUAUAAAAUUAAUGAAGAGUUUAUUGAUUUAUUUAUUGUGACAGGGCGCUGAAUGUAAACACAAGCAGACGUUUUCUGAGGAGUGUUACCAUACCGCCAAUGAAUUUCCUUGUGCGCAUUACCGUAAUGACGGUACUCAGCCAGAACUAACAGAUGACAGAACACCGCAUUGUUUCUUCUCUUCAGACAAAACUGGAGGAUAGAGAGAAAAAUGGAGCGCUCUUGGCUGUGCAGGUUUUUAAUACUGCUGCAAGUUUAUGAUUUAUGUUUGGUUCCCGCGUCAGGGGAACAGUGGAAGAAAAUUAGAAGCAAAAUGUCUGAUGCUGUCAAAGCGUACACUCCCUGCAACCCUGUCAACUGCAGUUGCCAUCUCAGGUAGCGUCCUACAGCAUGACUUGCAGCCCUUUAAAGGGAAAAUCUCUGAGGAUCUCAUGGGUACUACUCUUCAGAGAGGGGUGGGCACCCACUACCAGAUCAUCGGACACAAGUUGUACAGAGAGCACAGCUGUAUGUUUCCUGCCAGGUGCAGUGGAGUGGAGCAUUUCAUCCUGGAGGUGAUCAACAGGUUACCUGACUUGGAGAUGGUGGUGAACGUCAGGGAUUACCCUCAAGUCCCCCACUGGGUGCAGCCAACGCUGCCUGUCUUCUCUUUCAGUAAGACAACAGACUACCAGGACAUCAUGUACCCUGCAUGGACAUUUUGGGAGGGCGGGCCUGCUGUGUGGCCGAUAUACCCCACUGGACUGGGAAGAUGGGAUCUAAUGAUAGAUGAACUUAAAAAGUCCGCAGCACAGUGGCCAUGGAAGAAGAAGGAGUCCAGAGGAUUCUUCAGAGGCUCCAGAACAAGUCCGGAGCGCGACCCUCUGAUUGUUCUGUCCAGAGACAAUCCAGCGCUGGUGGAUGCAGAGUACACAAAAAACCAGGCCUGGAAGUCUGAGAAGGACACUCUAGGGAGACCCCCAGCUAAAGAAAUCCCACUGGUUGAUCACUGCAAGUACAAAUAUUUAUUCAACUUCCGAGGUGUGGCAGCCAGCUUCCGCUUCAAACAUCUCUUCCUCUGUGGUUCCCUGGUGUUUCAUGUGGGGGAUGAGUGGCAGGAGUUUUUUUACUCUCAGCUGAAGCCCUGGGUCCACUACAUCCCAGUCAAGCAGGAUCUUUCUGAUGUCAGGGAACUUCUACAGUUUGCCAAAGAGAAUGAUGCUAUCGCACAGGAGAUUGCCACAAGGGGUAAGGAAUUCAUCCUGGAACACCUGCAGAUGGAAGAUAUUUCCUGCUACUGGGAGAGGCUCCUCACUGAGUACAGCCGUCUUCUCACCUACAAACCCAAACUAAAGAACAACUACAACCAGAUUGUCCACAGACCCAGCAAGACGGAGCUGUAAGAGGGAGAUGCGGUGGGAUCAGGGCAGCUGUAGCGGGAAACUCUAGCUAAUGAAUGUAGUUACUGCACCACAACACAUGAUUUCCUCCCAAGCACUAUUGGACUGUGAGUCUGUACGGGGAAUACAGUUAAAUGGCACGUACCUUAGUCUUGCACAGUCAUAGGUGUAGUUCUUAGUGUGUUGACAGUGGAUGUUGCCAUAUCUUCAUGUGCCACUAGGGGGUCUUAUGUUUCAAGUCUGAUAAUCCACUUUUUGAGUUUGUUGAUUUUCAUGAUAGAAAUAACUCCUGAUUUUAUGGCUGCUGUUUAUACUCACCAGCAAAAUUAAAAGGGUGCUCUAAAGACUUUUACACUUCAAGUUCAAAUAGCCCUGGUGAAAUAAUAAUAAUGUUAUCAGGGUUAUGUCUGCGAGGGUGUAGAGACCGUUGAUAUUUAACAGAAAGUCGCCACAUAAACUUGGGCUUGUAAGAAAUGCCAGGGAUUGUAUAAUGUAAAAUCAUCCAGCUACCAACAUCUCAGCCUCAGCUGCUUUGAUUUUGACUGUUGUUUUAUUCUUUCAUUCUCUUAUGAGUCCCCCAUCUCUAAGGAAAUGUGCCAUGUGAAGACUUGGUUUGACAUGUUUUUUUAAUAGUAAUUGCAUCUGGACAGGUCUCGGACAUUUAUUCAUAGACAUUGGUUCUCUCAUUGACUUAUAUUUUUUAUUGUUUGGAAUUUUCUAUUUGAACAUCAGCUUGGUUUUCCUCAGUGACCCACAGGGGAAGAGGAGGAAGUUCAGUGCCUUCCUGAGCUGCAGCCCACUCACCAAAAUCAAAAGAAAAUAUAGAACAUGCAGCUGUGGAGCAAAUAAAAUUCAUUUUAAAUACUUGAAUCAUAGCACAGCAAAAUAUGAUGAUGAUGGCUAUUUACAGCUGCUCAAAUUCUCCAUGAAAGAUGUACCAAUAAUUAUAAUAAUAGUGACAGACUCAGUGCUGUUACAUAUUUAAUGUGUGGAAGGCUUUCCUAAAGUACAGUUUUCAUAUGUACAAGGUGGUAUGCUUACUUUACCUUUUCUUUAUCUCGCCUUUUUGUAUGGAGGAAAAUACAGAAAAUAUUCUACACAGCAGCUCUGAUUAAGCCCUUUAAUUCUGUAUCUACUCAAGUCCUAAUAAUAUAAAUCAAAUCAAUGGCCAAAAGUUGAUUGUUGCUUGGUGAAUAGUUAUUAUUAAGUGCACCGAGUAUGUUCUUGAUGGAGGAAAAGUACCAUCAGUGCAUAAGUAAUACUGAGUAUAGCAUUACAAUAUUAUUGCUACACUGCCCUCUACUGGACAAUUGAGCAAACUCCAGCAGCUCUUUGCCAAGUGUGAUUACAGCAAGAUAUUCAUAUGCAGUGUGAUUUACUUGUGUGUUGCAACAGUGCUGUCAGUGUGUAAGUUUGUGUGUUCUGCCGUAAGUCAAAUAAUUUGAAAGCACAAAACAUCACAGUCGACGUUUAAUUCCCUACCAAGUACAUGCAAGAAAGCAAUAAUCAUUUUAGAGUAGGUAGCUUUAUUUUGUUGUGUAGGUUGUCCAAGAAAUGCUCGUCUUAAUUGUUUUUACUAUUUGUUGUUUGUUGAUGAUGUAUAAUUGAUAGAGGAGAAUGUUGAAUAUGUUAUAAUAUUCACAUGAUAUGGCGGAUAAGCACAUUCUGGCUGAUGUAAGGUUAUUUUUUCUAGUAUUGUUAAGUACUGUGGUAAAGAUGGCCCAUUUGUAUUUUGAUUUGACCAAAAAGCUGUGAUGGGAUGCCUGGUCAAAGUGUGACUUUCAUGUUGUCGUCAAAUCCUGUGCAGCAGUUUUUGUUGUCAUGCCAAUAAACUGGUUCUUAAAACA